AUGGCACAAACAACCAGAGUCAAGUCCUCGUGCAGGUUACGCUCAUUCAACUCAUAUUCAUAUGGGUUUCUUUUCUUAACUCUGUUUGGAUUUAUGUUCUAUCUGUCGGACUUUAUUCGCUACUCGCCAGGUUCUUCCAUUUACACGUUCGACAAAGAAGGAAGGGUCAAUGUCACUGGAAUUCUUCACCUUUUGUCAACAGGGCACCCACUAUUGUUCCAACGAGAUUCUCACUUCAUUCAGGGCAUGAGGGUAAAACAGGUUAACUGCGCUGCAAUCCUUGAUGGGGAUAAAAAUGAAACUGCGCUAGCUGAGCGCCUUGCUUCUACUAAAAAUCGGACUUUUCUUCAACCAGCUGAUUACAUGAACAUGACUUCAAAUUGUCAAAAGUUUAUUCUGGAAAGAGGAUACAUUACUGGUCCGAUUGACGAACUGGAAAAUGAAUUUCCAAUUGCUUUUAGUAUACUCAUGUUUGUUGCAAUAGAACAGGCCGAACGAUUACUUCGUGCAAUAUAUCGUCCACAAAACUUUUACUGUUUUCAUAUAGACGCAAAAAGUGAUAAUGACUUGUAUGACGCAGUGUCACGCGUGGCCGCCUGCUUUGGCAACGUGCAUGUGUUGGAUAAACGCGUGGAUGUGCAAUGGGGAAAAAUGACCGUGCUUGAACCGGAACUACUUUGUAUGGAGCAUUUGUGGAACCGUAGUGCCAAUUGGAAAUAUUUUAUCAACCUGACCGGACAAGAGUCUCCGCUCAAAACCAACAACGAAUUAGUACGUAUUCUGCAGGCUUACAAUGGUUCAAACGACAUCGCAGGAACUGUUAAAAGAGCCAACACAAAUCGAUGGGCCGAUGCAGGACCUCCACCACACGGAGUUGUUCCAACAAAGGGUGCCGUUCACAUAAUUGCAAGUCGUGGCUAUGUGGAUUUCGUGCUUCACGAUCCCAUUGCCGCUGACAUACUUAACUGGACUCGAAAGACUGCGGUUCCUGACGAGACCUUCUUCUCGACGCUCAAUCAUAAUCCAUCUCUAGGAGUACCGGGAUCUUACAAAGGCAUACCAGAGACAGACGGAGAUAUAAAGCCUUUCCUUGCCCGUUACAAGAACUGGGGCGAACGGAAAUGUCAUGGAAAACGGGUGCGCGCCGUUUGCGUCAACGGGGCUCGCGACCUCCCUCCCUUGAAGGACACUCAACAACUGUUCGUUAACAAGUUUCAUCAAGAGUUCCAUCCAUUGGCAUACGAUUGCCUCGAGGAGUUGCUGUUCAAUAGAACAAGGGACGGACAACUCGGACUGAGCAUCUUUGAUCUAAACUUUUAUACUAACCUUGGCUUUGUGAAAAAUAAAGUUGGUCGCUGA